UGGGACCCUUUGGUCGGAAGAGAUGCCCCAGAUCCCCGCAUCCUGCCUGGGUCCAGCCUCCAGGGAUGAUGGGCAGGGGUCUCCCUGCAGAACUGUACCCUAUUCUAGCUUCCUGAUGGAGGAGGGCAUGGCAACCCACUCCAGUAUUCUUCCCUGGAGAAUCCCAUGGACAGAGGAGCUGGUCAGGCUACAGUCCCAGGGGUUGCAAGAGUCAGACAUGACUGAGCACCUGAGCACCCUAGCUUUCCCUGAGGCCGAGACUCUUUCUGGAGAGACGUUGCCCCUACAUAGAGAAGGAAGACUGAAUCCUUCUAGAAAAGGCCCCUCAAGGAAAAUCUCACUUGGAGCCUGAAUCUUCUUUCUCCCUGCCAACUUCCAAAGCUGCCUGGGGAGGUUUCUGCUAACAAAGCAUUUCAUUUUCAAACAACCGAAAGCAGAAGUGCGACCCCAGGGGCCUGGGUUUCAUAACUCAAGAGUUCCCUCCUCCUCCAGCUCCUCGUGACUGGUGGUCACCUGAGCCGGCCACAGAAUGGCUUCCCUGGUCUUGGGAGAAAAGGGUUCAGGCUUUUUUGUCCUAGGGUCCAGUGUUGGUAUAGGGUGCUCUGAUGUGGGGACCCUGCUCUUACCACAUGGACACCUCCCCCUGGUCCCUGUCUUUUGCUCUGCUGGCACCAAGCCUGCACACAGAAAUCACAGUAGCUGCCUUACGGACCUCCAGCCAUUUCUGUGGCUGCCCUUGGAAGCCCUGAGGUGCCCAUGGAAUCCCAGUAGGGCUUGGUCCCAGUUCCCGAGAGGCUGUCUCUGAGGUGACAUGUAGACACGGCCUCUAUCCACUGAGGUGUCCUUUAUCUUCUUGGAAAGCUGGCUCCUUGGUGCUUGCCCCAGCAUGUGUCCUGGGCCUGGUCCCAAAGCCUUUCCCUUUCCCCAGGUGCAGCAGGUGUGGGAAGGGAGUUUCCAGCCGGGGUUUCCCCAUCUCUCACCUCUCUCCUCCAGAGCCAAGGUGAACCAGCCAAUGGGUCCUCCAUCCAUAGGAGGAAACAAGCCAGCAGGGUUGUCCCUGGGUGACCCUGGUGACGUCCACCAUCCAGGUGGGGUCUUCCUAAGAGGUGGGUUUUGGGUCUCCUUUAAAGAAAAAUAUGAGCUUCUCAGGUAGUGCAGUGUUAAAGAAUCUGCCUGACAAUGCGGAAGACAUGGGUUUGAUCCCUGACCUAGGAAGAUCCUGCAUGCCAUGGGGCAACUAAGCCCAUGAGCGGCAACUACUGAGCCUGUGCUCCAGAGCCCGUGCUCCUCAACAAGAGAAGAAGUGAGAAGCUCAUGUGCUGGAGAGUAGGCCCCGCUCGCCACAACUGGAGAAAAGCCUGAGCUGACACGAAGACCCAGCACAGUCAAAAAUAAAUAAAUAAAUAAACAUUAAAAAAAAUCAUAAAAGCUCGUAGUUGCUGAAGAAUGACCACAGUGGUCCCCUAUUGUAGGGUGAUGAAUAUUGUGGGGACCACCCGAGUGCCCAUAGAUGGUCAGGGCCCAAGAGGUGCAACACGGGACACAGAUGGCCCCUCGGCCCCACCUCAGGGGAGUGCUGUGAGGUCUGGGGCUGCAUCCCUGAUGCUGGGUGAAAAUGUGCCAGGUUAUAAGCUCUUCCGUUCCUGCAGUGUUGGGGGACCUGGAUGCUCGGAAGGUGUCCUGGGCUUCUCGUAGGAGGUCCACGCACGUCGGUAUUACAAUGGUCAGGGCUGGUGUCGCGGGCGUGUGACGCCUGACUUCAACAGGGCCCUGAGCACUUGGUGAGAUGCUGAGUCUGUCAAGGCCCCCCAUUUUCAUUUUGAGCUGCACAUUCUGGAGCUGGGCCUGCCUGAUGACACAACCUCCAUAGGCCGAAGGGUCAGAGUGGGGCAGUGGCCAUGCAUUGGGCCCUGGAGAAAGCAGGUUAAAGGGAGGGACAGUGACAUUCUCAGGCUGACAGGUGGUGGUGUACCAGGGUUUCCCUGCCCUGGAAGCUAUGCAGACUCAGAGGAUGAUGGGAAAAUCUAGCAGGUGGAGUGGGGAGGGAGGCCAGACAUUUGAAACCACAACUUUCAAGGCAAGAAGAAGCAAGUGAGUUCUCCUGUGACCCGCUCUGCCUCUUCAGCACCUGUGGUGCGUGCACCACGUGGAGUCAAGCCUCUGGGCCGUUUCUUCCACCUGAAGUUGGCUCUGGUCCACAGAUAUACGUCUGCCUGGCUCCCAGCUCUGAGGACAGCUGGCUGCGUCACUUUGGGAGUCCCUCAGGGCUGUGGUCUGUUGAGGGAGGGGCCCUAGCUCUGGCCACUGCUGUGAGCGGAGGGCGUUUGACUCCAGGAGCUCUCUGAAGGUGCACGGAUGAAACGCAAAACCUGCUGGGACUGCGGAGAAGAAGGAGCUGCUGGACUGGCUGCCCCGCCCACCUGCUCCUCUCUCCCCAGAGCAGGUACACCUGAGUUACAGGUUUGGGGACCCUGCGGAUAUGAAAGCUCUGUCUCUUCCUGACGCCGCCACUGCUCUGCGUGUCCGGGAGGGUGUUUUGUGGAUAAUGACUCGUCUUAUCUGCCUGGGACAGAGGCUCAGGGAGCCGGCCUGUAACUGAGUAACUGAUUCCUCCCUGCUGCUCAGCCGUGCCCGAAGGCAGAUACAAAGUCAGCCUAGACAACUCCUGUCUGGGCAAGUCUUCUCUCCUUUGAUCCUUGGCACAAGCCUGUGAGGUGGGAAUCCAAUGCCGUCACCCAUUUUACAGGUGGGGAGACUGAGGCUCCAGCGAGGACGAGAGACCUAUACUCAGACUGAAGUUCAUGGGUGGCAGGUUUGAAUCUGGGAUGUUCUUCUUUUUUAUUGCCCCAUAAAGUCUCCUGGCAAACACGUGAUGCAAGGCCAUGACACAAAAGCCUGUUCAUUUCUAAAAAUAAGACUGACUUGUCCCCUCGUCCUGAUAAAGAAAUCUCUCACACUUUACAGCCAGGCUGGGGCCGACCCAGCCUCCCCACUUGCACAAGGAGAACACAGGUCCCAUCAGGCCCACCCAGGAGCCUGCCCAAGAGCCCUUGGAGCGUGGCCUGCCUCGUUCACUGGAUCCAGUCUUCUGGGACCCGGAAGGGAAGUUGGCAAGCAUGCUGAGAACCUAGGAUGCGCCAUGUCAUUGUCCCAGCCCUGGGGACACAGGAGAGUGUCAGUCCCCACCUGCCAGGAGUGAACAUUCUGUUCUGGGAGGUGAUUGGAGAGGAGCAUGGGAUAGACUGGGCCGGGAGCUACUGCGGGGACAGCGCUCUGCAGCUGGAGAGGAUCAGCGUGUACUACAAUGAGGCCCAUGGUAAGAAGUAUGUGCCCCGAGCAGUCUUGGUGGAUCUGGAACCCGGGACCAUGGACAGCAUCCGAUCCAGCCGAGUGGGGGCCCUCUUCCAACCGGACAGCUUUGUCCACGGUAACUCUGGGGCCGGUAACAACUGGGCGAAGGGCUACUACACAGAGGGCGCCGAGCUGGUGGACAGCGUGCUGGACGCGGUGCGCAGCGAGGCCGAGGGCUGCGACUGCCUGCAGGGCUUCCAGCUAGUGCAUUCGCUGGGUGGGGGCACGGGGUCGGGGAUGGGUACACUGCUGCUGGGCAAGAUCCGCGAGGAGUACCCCGACCGCAUCCUGAACUCGUUCAGCGUGAUGCCCUCACCAAAGGUGUCGGACACUGUGGUGGAGCCCUACAAUGCCGUGCUGGCGCUGCACCAGCUUGUGCUCAACUCCGACGCCUGCUUCUGCAUCGACAACGAGGCGCUCUACGACAUCUGCUUCCGCACGCUGCGGCUCAACACGCCCACCUACGGGGACCUCAACCACCUGGUGUCCCUCACCAUGAGCGGCAUCACUACCUCUCUGCGCUUCCCGGGCCAGCUCAAUGCUGACCUGCGUAAGCUGGCCGUGAACAUGGUGCCCUUCCCUCGCCUGCACUUCUUCAUGCCCGGCUUCGCGCCGCUCACGGCCCAGGGCAGCCAGCAGUACCGCGCACUGACCGUGGCCGAGCUUACCCAGCAGAUGUUUGAUGCCCGCAACACCAUGGCCGCCUGCGACCCCCGCCGCGGCCGCUACCUCACCGUGGCCUGCAUCUUCCGGGGCCGGAUGUCCACGAAGGAGGUGGACGAGCAGCUGCUCAACGUGCAGACCAGAAACAGCAGCUGCUUCGUGGAGUGGAUCCCCAACAACGUCAAGGUGGCCGUGUGCGACAUCCCGCCCCGGGGGCUGAGCAUGGCGGCCACCUUCAUCGGCAACAACACAGCCAUCCAGGAGCUGUUCGGCAGGAUUUCCGAGCAUUUCUCGGCCAUGUUCAAGAGGAAGGCCUUCGUGCACUGGUACACCGGUGAGGGGAUGGACAUCAACGAGUUUACUGAAGCUGAGAGUAACAUCCAGGAUUUGGUGUCCGAAUACCAACAGUUUCAAGAUGCCAGAGCGGAUGUGGAAGAGGAGGAGGUCGCAGGGGAAGCAGAAGUGGAACCGGCAGAUAAAGAACAUUAACUGCGAGAGGCCCUGCCUGAGGCUGGCUCUUCCGGAGCGCUAUUAGGAUGAGCAAGUCACCCCCGGGAAGGCAGGCCGAUUCUGUACUGCGACACAGAGACCCACCUGCAGCCACUCAGCCUUAGCUUUGA